AUGACUACAUUGCAGCCUUCUUCUUUGAACUUGAAGAGUAAGCGAGUUUACAGUGUAGCUCGAGUGUACCAGGAUGCGUGCGAGAAGCGCCCUCAAGAAUAUUGGGACUAUGAACAAUGUGUUACCAUUGAUUGGGGUAAGAUUUCUAAUUACGAGGUGAUCAAUAAAAUCGGUCGUGGUAAGUACAGUGAGGUGUUCAAGGGCAAGUCUGUGUUAAACGAUAUUCCAUGUGUUAUCAAGGUUUUGAAGCCCGUGAAGAUGAAGAAGAUAUACAGAGAGCUCAAGGUUUUGACUAAUCUAACAGGAGGUCCUAAUAUUAUUGGGUUGCUUGAUAUUGUGCAAGACCCAGGUUCUAAGAUCCCAGCGUUGAUUUUUGAAGAAGUGAAGAAUGUGGAUUUCCGUACCCUUUACCCAACAUUCACAUUACCGGACUUGCAGUACUACUUGACCCAGUUGCUCACUGCGUUGGAUUACUGCCAUUCUAUGGGUAUCAUGCACCGUGAUGUAAAGCCACAAAAUGUGAUGAUUGACCCAACUGAGAGAAAGCUAAGGUUGAUUGAUUGGGGUUUGGCGGAAUUCUACCACCCUGGUGUGGAUUACAACAUUAGAGUUGCCUCACGUUACCAUAAGGGACCUGAACUUCUAGUAAGCUUGAACCAGUACGAUUAUUCGUUGGACUUGUGGGCUGUUGGGUGUAUGAUCGCGGCGAUUAUCUUCAAAAAGGAGCCAUUCUUCAAGGGCAGCACGAAUGCUGACCAGUUGGUUAAAAUUGCCAAGGUUUUGGGUACGCAGGAGUUAUUCCAGUACUUGAAACACUACGGAUUGGAACUACCCUCAGAAUACAAUGAUAUCAUGAAGAACUACGAACGGAAACCAUGGAGCUACUUCAUAAGCGAUAAUACCCCACUUGCAGUGGAUGAGAUUGUUGAUUUAAUCGACCAUCUAUUACGCUAUGAUCACCAGCAAAGACUCACUGCCAAAGAGGCGAUGGAUCACAAAUUCUUCAAGAAAGACUUCUCGUAG